GUACACAGACACAAGCAUAUAAAAGUUUGGGUGUCAGCUGAAAGAGAAUAAGUAAAAGGCCCAUGGAGGCAGAAGAGGGCAACAAGGUGAUGAGGGUGCCUUGUGUGAAAGACCUAGCAAAAGAGGCGUUAAGCAGAGUCCCGGAUAGAUAUAUUCAUGCCGUGGAUAUCGAUCCUAUUGUCUGCAACUCACCCUCUUCACCUCAGAUUCCUGUAAUUGACCUCUCUAACUUGUUAUCUUGUGACCAUCAUGUGAAAGAAGCCGAGGUGCAUAAAUUACAUCUUGCUUCUCAGCAAUGGGGCUUCUUCCAGGUGAUUAAUCAUGGAGUGAGGGAGGACUUGGUGGAGAAGAUGAAGAAAGGAGUGAAAGAACUGUUCGAUCUUCCGAUGGAAGAGAAGAACAAGUUGUGGCAGAAAGCAGGAGAGAUGGAGGGAUUUGGUCAGAUGUUUGAGGUGUCCGAGCAGCAGAAACUGAACUGGGUGGAUGUCUUCUACGUCUUCACACUUCCAUCGCACUUGAGGAAUACCCGCCUCUUCCCUAAUAUCCCCCUACCUUUCAGAGAGGAUUUGGAGGAAUACAGUGUGGAAGUGAGAGAAGUGGCGAGGAAGAUUCUGGGAGGAAUGGCAGAAGCACUGGGAAUGAAGAAGGAGGAGAUGAAGGAAUCGUUCGGAGAAGGUGGGCAAUCGAUGAGGAUCAAUUAUUAUCCGCCGUGUCCUCAGCCACAAGAUGUGAUCGGCAUCAAUGCUCACACGGACGGCACUGCCCUCACGGUGCUUCUGCAGGUCAACGACGUGGUGGGCCUCCAGAUCAAGCACGACGGCGUCUGGGUUCCGGUUCUUCCUCUUCCUCACUCCUUCGUCGUCAACAUCGGCGAUGUUCUCCAGAUAAUAACAAAUGGGGCGUACACAAGUGUGGAACACCGAGCCAUCAUUAACUCCAAAAUGGAGAGAAUUUCGAUCGCAACGUUUUAUGGGCCGGGAAGGGAAGGGUACAUAGGCCGGCAGCGAGCCUUCUGGGCCCAGAAAAGCCCGCGUUGUUCAAGACGGUAAGCGUGGCCGACUACUACAAGGGUUUCCUUUCCAAGGAGGGUCCCACAAAAUCAUACCUGGAUCUCAUGCGCAUCCACCACGAGGAGGAUUCCCCACUCAAUAUUGUAAACUGAUCACCAGUACUUAUUGCUUACUCGCUUUUCAACACCUGGUUUUAGUAUCCUUUAUUUAUCUCUGCUUUUUUUUUUCAAGGUUAUUUCCUGCUGCCUGUCUUCUUCUCCUGUGUGUCGUAGUUUGAUGGUGGCUCCACAAUUGAUAAAGAUGUGUUUUAAAAUUUACAUAAUUAGGAUUAGGAUGAGACCAUAAAAUAUUACAGCAAUGCAUCAGGUGGUCAUCAGGAGCCCCAUUUUAUUGUUACUACCAGACAGUCGUAGGCCCAGCAAUACAUA